UUCGCCAUCCGCUCGGCCGCCAAAGCGAAAAUGGUUUCUAUUUCGUUUUUGUGAAGGUGAGUCAUGCUGUUUAUAAAGUUCCGAAGAGGAUGCCAGAUGGAAGAAAGAGGGUCGAGCCCCAAUGGCUCGACUUGCUGUUGAAGAAGAAGUUCUUUGGGAAUUGCAACAAGCACCGUGACUCCAGAAAAAGCGAGAUUAAUAUUUACUGUACCGAAUGCGAUGUGCGCAUGUGCUCGCAUUGUAUUACGGAGGAUGCAUCUCAUAGAUGUCAUCGGCUUCUUCAGAUUAGGAGAUACGUUUAUAGUGACGUUGUGAAGAUUGAUGAGAUGCAGAAGCACAUAGAUUGCUCCAAAAUUCAGCCAUACUCACUGAACCAAGCUAAAGUGAUAUUUCUCAACCCCAAAUCCAAGAAAUCCAAGCCGUCCAAACCCCCUCAUGGUACUACUCCGUGCAAUCACUGCCGUCGAUCUAUCUCCGCGCCGAAUCGAUAUUGUUCCAUAGCCUGCAAGGUUUCCUAUGAGCCUGUAGAUAUUCCGAUGCUCAAGAACAAAUCUGGCCCGUUGAUACUGCCGUCGACUCCUGAUCUCGAGGACAUCUCCCCGCAAGUUGUCGAGCUGCCUUCUUCUUCGCUCUCAUGGUCAUCAUCUCAACCGUCGGAUUCAGCUGAAGAGAAUCACGACCGUCCAAUCAACCAAGAGGCUACACCCAAGUUGAGAGUUCGUAUGAGGAAAGGGAUUCCUCGUCGAGCCCCGUUUUUCUGAGUGUUGACUGUUGCGUUGUCUUCAUAGGAUUGUUGUUUUGUCAAGGUAGUCAUUAAGAUUAUUAUUAUUAUUAUAGGAAAAUCAUAUAUAUGAAGAAAAUGUUUAGAUAUGAUGAUGGAUUAAUUACAGUCUAAUAUUUUGAUAUAUAUGAUGUAAUUACAUGAAUGACGUUAGAGUUUGUAUAUCUACAUGAGUACUUUUACACCGAUAAUACUAGGAGUUGCUUGUUAUA